UUUGAUUCUCGGGAUUUGAAGAUGGCUGCACAAUCAGCGCCGAAAGUUGUGCUAAAAAGCACCACCAAAAUGUCUCUAAAUGAGCGCUUUACUAAUAUGCUGAAGAACAAACAGUCGAUGCCAGUGAAUAUUCGAGCUUCGAUGCAGCAACAACAGCAGCUAGCCAGUGCCAGAAACAGAAAACUGGCCCAGCAGAUGGAGAAUAGACCCUCUGUCCAGGCAGCAUUAAAACUUAAGCAGAAGAGCUUAAAGCAGCGCCUGGGUAAGAGUAACAACCAGGCACAGUUAGGCCGACCCAUAGGGGCCCUGGCCAGGAGAGCAAUUGGAGGACGAGGUCUGCCCAUAAUCCAGAGAGGCUUAUCCAGAGGAGGACUCCGUGGGGGACGAGCCACCAGAACCCUACUUAGGGGCGGGAUGUCGCUCCGAGGUCAAAACCUGCUCCAAGGUGGACGAGCCGUAGCUCCCCGAAUGGGCUUAAGAAGAGGUGGUGUUCGAGGUCGUGGAGGUCCUGGGAGAGGGGGCCUAGGGCGUGGAGCUAUGGGUCGUGGCGGAAUCGGUGGUAGAGGUUGGGGCAUGAUAGGUCGGGGAAGAGGGGGCUUUGGAGGCCCAGGCCGAGGCCGUGGACGGGGGAGAGGUGCCCUCACUCGCCCUGUAUUGAUCAAGGAGCAGCUGGACAAUCAGUUGGACGCGUAA